GUUUAUAAAAAUUUAUAAAUAUUUAUAAAUUAAUAUAAAUGUGUAUUCAUAUAUAUUUGCAAUUAUUUUUUAAUUAUUAAUAAUUGUGAUUUGAAUAAAUUAAUAAACAAAAUUAACAAAAAAAAUAAAUAAACAAAAAAAAGAUUGUCAAUAAUUAAAGCGCAGUUCACAGUCAGCUGUUGAUGGUGUACAUCAUCAUAUUGAUAAACCUCCCAUUGUAACUUCAAUAAAUUAAAAUAAAAUAAAGAAUAAUUAUCAUUAAAGUUGAUUAAUUAUUUUUAAUAAUUAUCAUUAUUAUUUUAUAUUAAAAAUAUUGCCACCUGGUGGUAGAGGACUUAUCUGUCAAAUCAAUUAGUCAAUAUUAGAGAGUGAAUCAGACAGUAUCAGUGGACAUCUGUCAAACGCAAAAAUGGCACUCAAAGGACAAGUUGGUCAAAAAAUAAUGAAUGAAGUCAUUAAACAAAAUAAAAAAAAAACAGCUGGUGGUACUGAAUGGCGAAUAUUGGUUGUUGAUCAAUUAGCCAUGAGAAUGGUAUCAGCAUGUUGUAAAAUGCAUGAUAUAAGUGCCCAGGGUAUAACACUAGUUGAAGACAUCAAUAAAAAACGUGAACCAUUACCAACAAUGGAAGCCAUUUAUCUCAUUACACCUUGUAAUCCAUCUGUUCAAAAGCUAAUUGAUGAUUUUAAUAAUCCAUCAAGAAUUGUUUAUAAAGCUGCACAUGUUUAUUUUACUGAAGUUUGCCCGGAGGAACUCUUCAAUGAACUCUGCAAGUCUCUAGCAGCUAAAAAGAUUAAAACACUCAAAGAAAUCAACAUUGCAUUUCUUCCUUAUGAAUCUCAGGUAUUUUCAUUAGAUUCACGUGAGACAUUUUCAUGUGCUUACAAUGCUUCAUUCAUCAACUUGAGAAAUGCAAAUAUGGAAAGAAUUGCUGAACAAAUUGCAACACUUUGUGCAACACUUGGGGAAUAUCCAUCAGUUAGAUACAGAAGUGAUUUCGAUAGAAAUGUCGAAUUGGCACAAAUGGUACAACAAAAGCUAGACGCAUACAAAGCUGAUGAGCCAACAAUGGGUGAGGGUGUUGAAAAAUCACGUUCACAAUUGCUAAUACUUGAUCGUGGUUUUGAUUGUGUUUCACCAUUGCUUCAUGAGCUAACACUUCAAGCUAUGGCCUAUGAUUUACUUGACAUUGAGAAUGAUGUUUACCGAUAUGAAGCAACAGCUGGUCAAGCUGAAAAAGAAGUUUUACUCGAUGAAAAUGAUGAAUUAUGGGUUGAUUUACGUCAUCAGCAUAUUGCUGUUGUUUCACAAAAUGUUACAAAGAAUUUAAAAAAAUUCACAGAUUCAAAAAGAAUGCCACAAGGUGAUAAACAAAGUAUGCGUGAUUUAUCACAAAUGAUUAAAAAAAUGCCUCAAUAUCAAAAAGAAUUGAGUAAAUAUGCAACACAUUUACAUUUGGCUGAAGAUUGUAUGAAACAAUAUCAGGGAAAUGUUGAUAAGCUUUGUAAAGUUGAACAAGAUCUUGCAAUGGGAACAGAUGCUGAGGGUGAACGUAUUAAAGAUCAUAUGCGUAAUAUAACACCAAUUUUACUUGAUCAAACAGUAUCAAAUCUUGAUAAACUUCGUAUUAUAACAUUAUAUGUUAUCAGUAAAAAUGGUAUUAGUGAUGAAAAUUUAAAUCGUCUUGUUCAUCAUGCACAAAUAUCACAAGAUGAUAAACAAACAAUUAUUAAUUUGGCUAAUUUGGGAAUAAAUGUUGAUGGUAAAGGUAAAAAAGUAUAUACUGUACCACGUAAAGAAAGAAUAACUGAACAAACAUAUCAAAUGAGUCGAUGGACACCAGUCAUAAAAGAUAUCAUGGAAGAUUCUAUUGAAGAUAAAUUGGAUACAAAACAUUUUCCAUUUUUAGCUGGACGUGCUGCUAGCUCUGGUUAUCAUGCACCAACAAGUGUGAGAUAUGGACAUUGGCAUAAAGAUAAAGGACAACAAACAAUUAAAAAUGUACCACGUUUACUUGUAUUUAUUGUUGGUGGUGUUUGUUACUCGGAAAUACGUUGUGCAUAUGAAGUUACAAAUGCCAAACAAAAUUGGGAAGUUAUUAUUGGAUCAUCACACAUCAUAACACCAAAGUCAUUUUUAUCUGAUCUCAGCAAAUUACAUGUUUAAAUCAGCAACAAAUAAAAUCUCGACUGAAAGAAAAUAUAAAAAAAAAGAAAUUAAUAUAUUCAAUACGCCUAGUUACGCGUUAUUUAUCUAUAUUCAUUAAAUAAUUAUUGUAAUAUUUCUUACUUGAAAUUCAUUUUUAUUAUUAUAAAAAUUUAAUAUGAAGAAAUAUAUGUGUCGAGUUGAUUUAAUAAAUUUUAAAUAAACAAAAAAUAAAGUUAUUAAAGUGCAUUAAAAUAUAUGCAUUUUUCUGUCAAAUGAAAAUGUUUUUUUUUUUUUAUUUUGGGGAGGUUUAAAGACGAUGAAUGAAAGCUAGAUAAAAGAAAAAAUCAAGUGCCUGCUUGCAAAUGAUUGUUGAAAUAAUGGCUGGUAGAACUAACGCCUCGUCACAUUUAUUGUCAAUAUAAUUAUAUAAUUAUUGUUGUAACUCGAAUCUUAAAAUCAAUAGUAAAAAAAACAU